ACCGCUGUUACCCAAUCCCAUUCAAACUGGCGACACACAAAGAGGAGACCAGGUUCCCGGCUGCGGCCGCAGAAAGCCAUUGCUGGCGACAGAGGCAGAAGGAUGAGCUGAUCAAAGUGGAGCAAAGAGAACAGACCUUACCGACACACACGUAUACAUACCGACACACACACCGACAGAGUGGAAGACCCUUUAUCGAGAGGGAGAACCUUAACCAACGACAGAGGCCCGACCAAGUGAGAAAGUGAGAGGACUUUUUUUAACGAGAGGAAAAUCCCCUUUAAAAGGGGGAGAAAAAGUCUUUAUCGGGAGUUCGGGCUUCAUCGGGAGACUGAUAGAGACAGAGAUUCUACCGCGACACAGACUUUAGCGGAGAGAAGAGACUUUUUUACCGCGGCUGAUUCCCCGACUCCGGGAGCCGCCCGCACACACACACACACACACACACACACACAGAGGGAGAGAGAGCGGUGUUUACCGGGAUAGAUCGCCUGAUACCGGGACACAGAGAAGCGUCCUUCCCCGGGACACCGCAACCGGCCGCAGAAUGGGCGAUGACAAGAAAAUUACUGGGACGUUGGUGCUGGCAGUAUGCACCGCAAUCAUGGGAUCCGCGCAGUUUGGGUACAACACUGGGGUCAUCAACGCGCCGCAGAAGAUUAUCGAGAGCUUUAUCAACGACACUUGGGUGAAGCGUUACGAUGAGCCUGUUAACAAAUCAACGCUCACCUCCAUUUGGUCUCUGGCUGUGGCCAUUUUCUCUGUGGGAGGCAUGAUUGGAUCAUUUUCAGUGGGAUUGUUUGUCAACCGGUUUGGAAGACGGAAUUCCAUGAUGAUGGUCAACGUCUUGGCUUUCUUUGCUGCGGCCCUGAUGGGUUUCUCCAAGGUCAGCCACUCGUUUGAGAUGCUCAUCGUGGGACGGUUGAUCAUUGGCAUCUACUCGGGUCUGAGCACUGGCUUUGUGCCAAUGUAUGUGGGCGAGAUUUCCCCCACGGCUUUGAGAGGAGCUUUGGGUACCCUGCACCAGCUGGCCAUUGUGUGUGGAAUCCUUGUCGCCCAGGUGUUUGGCUUGGAGUCCUUGAUGGGGAGCGAAAGACUAUGGCCACUGUUGCUUGCAUUCACUGCCAUACCAGCACUGUAUCAGAUCAUCGCCCUGCCCUUCUGCCCCAAGAGCCCGCGCUUUCUCCUCAUCAACUUGAAUGAAGAAGACCAGGCAAAGGCCGUUCUGAAGAAGCUCCGUGGGGUGACCGACGUGAGUGAAGACAUGCAAGAGAUGAAGGAAGAGAGCAGGCAGAUGAUGAGGGAGAAGAAGGUCACCAUGGUCGAGCUGUUCCGCUCCCCCAUGUACCGUCAGCCGAUCAUCAUCUCCAUCAUUCUGCAACUCUCGCAGCAGCUGUCCGGAAUCAACGCGAUAUUUUAUUAUUCCACAAGUAUUUUUGAGAAGGCUGGAGUGUCGAAGCCUGUGUACGCAACCAUUGGCACUGGUGCGAUUAACACCGCAUUCACUGUUGUAUCGCUGGCUGUGGUGGAGCGUGCGGGGCGACGGACUCUACACUUGAUCGGCCUGGGGGGCAUGAGUAUCUGUGCCGUCAUGAUGACAAUCUCACUCGCCCUUCUGGAUCGACUGAAGUGGAUGAGCUACAUUUGCAUCAUAGCUAUCUUUGGCUUUGUUUCCUUCUUUGAGAUUGGGCCAGGGCCCAUCCCGUGGUUCAUCGUGGCUGAGCUCUUCAGCCAAGGUCCCAGGCCAGCUGCCAUGGCCGUGUCCGGACUCUCCAACUGGACUGCAAACUUCUUGAUCGGCAUGUGCUUCCAGUACGUGGAGCAAGUAACCGGCCCAUACGUAUUCAUCAUCUUCACCGUGCUGCUGGUCCUGUUUUUCAUCUUCACCUACUUCAAGGUUCCCGAGACCAAGGGGCGAACGUUCGACGAGAUCGCCUCCAGUUUCCGCAAGGGCACCGAGGUUGAGACUCCGGAGAAGGGAGGGCCUGAGGAGCUCAACAUCCUGGGUGCCGACUCCCAAGUUUAAUCAGGUUUCUGAGUCACGGAGCAAGAACGGAAGCCCAGAGGACGGUUUAUCCCACACUACUGAUAUACGCAUAAAGAAAGGGGGGGGGGGGGGGGGGGGGGAGUGGAGGGGAAGGGGGGGUGAACCGCGACUUGCUAAUCAUGUUUCCCGUGUCUGUGUAGGAUGCAAUUUCCAAUUUGCCGGCCAACCCACAUCUCCAGUUCUGUUAAACCUUCUGCCUGAGCAACAAGACUAAUGUUUUGUAUUUCUUACGUAAUUAUCGAUUAAUGUUUCAAAGCUUUCCAGGUAUAGAGUUAAAUAUUUAUAUGUGGGAUAUGUUUAUAGUGUUUAUAGUACGAUAAAUUAUAGAGCUAAUGUAAAUAUAAUGAGCCCGAGGCACGAUAUAAAUGUACAAAUGUGGGCAAAAUGUGCUCUAGUUUGUGUAGACUUUGAUAGUUGUAUAUGAAUGGGGUUACUUGCUGUACAACACCCAAUGUAGAAAGCUAUUUCACAGCUUAAGAUAACCCAGAAUAUUUUUUAAAAGUGUUUGUUAAGUAAUGGAGAAAAUGUUAAAUUGACGAGUAUCCCUGUUGGCGAUAUUGGUGGAUAUAUCCCUCAUUCAUCUCCACGUUUCUCUGCUAGUUAACACGGCUAUUUAUGUUGGAACAAACCAACACAGGAACCACAACCAGCAAGGUUAAGCAAUUGUCAACUAGUUAAGUACUAGUUCAAUGAGCAGCGUUCUAAGGCCGGAAUGAACAGCAGACAUUUUUUUGGACGGUGAAUUUAUUUUUACGAUUAUUCCCAGAAACGGUUUAAGACAUCUUGAAAUAAAUUAGGGGGUGGCCAGUGAAGGGUGUGGUUGGGGAGGGGGUGCAGACUUUUAAUGUUUGUCCCAGUGUGUGUUGAGCCGUGAGUGUCAGUUGCGUAUAGGUAUCGUGAAAGAGAACCAGUGUUUUACAGUUUCUAAAGGACCACUUGUCCCCUCUUCAAUCCGGAUGCUUUAGAGAAGGCAACUCUGUUUGUUUCAAAGUAACCAAUACAAUGCAAAGUUCCAUUUUCUAUCCAAAGUAUUAUUCACACCCUGGAAAUAUGAAUGGCAAUCUGCCCUGUGCAACUUGUAAUCUCUCUCCCAAUCAGUCCAGCAUUGACAAUUCAUAUUGUCUGUUUAAAGUGGCAAGUUUAAGUGUAAUGAGAUUCAGGUUUUUCAAUUUUCAUUAAGGAUUUUGAACCAAUUUCUCCUGGAGUACUCCCAGAGCCAGCUGGUAGUGCCGCUGACCCAGUCCCAGAGAUGCACAUUCGACCCUGACCUCUGGUGCUGUCUGUGUGGAGUUUGCGUGUUCGCCCUGUUUCCUCCGGGUGCUCCGAUUUCCUCCCACAUCCCAAAGACGUGCGGGCUCGUAGGUUAGUUGGCCCUCUGUGAAUUGCCCCUGGUGUGUCGGCAAUGGUUGCGAGAGUGGGGUAAUAUAGAACCAGUGUGAACGGGUGAUCGAUGGUCGGCGAUGACACGGAGGGCCAAAGGGCAUGUUUCCAUGCUGUAUCUCUAAACUAAACUAAACCAAAUUAACAGACCUGCUUCAAAGUAGUGUGGAGAUUGCUGGAGAUUGUGCAGCAGCCUAGGAUGGGGACUGCACACUGAGGAACAGACGUCAGCCUUGUGUCUCAGGACUGCUCCAUCCCUGGAGCCUUGCUCCCUGUCCUGUGGCUGCAGCCUGUAUCUCUGGCAACUGCUUCUGCCCCAUGCUCUGCACUGUAUCCAGCAACAGCCUUCUCCCCCAGUCUCCCCCAACCCCAUCCACACACACACCUCAAGCCAUGUCUCCCGCUGAACUGAACCUUCGCGUGGGAUGGGCUCAAGUUGCUGGAGUAACUCCGCAGGUCAGACAGCAUCUCUGGUGAAAAGCAACAGGUGGCAUUUCAGGUCGAGACCCUUCUUCAGACUGAGAGUCGGGGGGGGAAAGUGAAACGAGAGAUAUAGACAAUGACAUGGAGAGAUAUAGAACAAAUGAAUGAAAGAUAUGCCAAAAAUUACAAGGGGCUUGACCGAAAUGUCACAUAUUCAUUUUCUACAGAGAUGAUGCCUGAGUUACUCCAGCUUUUUGUGUCUAUCUUCGGUUCAAUCCAGCAUCUGCAGUUCCUUCCUGCACACUUUGUGUAGGGUAAGUGGCAGGCAUCUCAUUUUUUCCCCUCUUAUUUGGGGUUCACAUCCCCGACCACAGGUCGGGAUCCCUAAAACACCUAGGAAGCAAACUGGUGGAAGCCAAGGAAGACUUCUGCAGGCCUAUUUGCAGGAUAAACUGGGAAAAGGAAGGCAUUAAAUUAUUUUGGCGGGUGGAGUAAUUUUAGCUGGGGUGAAAUUUGCAUCAUAAUAACAGGAAGUACAAAUGUUCAUAACACUGUUGGCAUGGGGGGGAAAUCCCGUGGGGGGGGGGGGGGGGGGGACUUGUCCUCCCCAUGUUUUUAGAUGUGUGAGAUUCUCCCCCCCAUGUUUUCUUGUAUGUCGAAAUGCAACUUAGGCCUAUUCUCUGGCCCCUUUCUUCCCCUCCCACCCAACACGGAAGGAAGCUAGUGCUACAGUCUUCCCAAUUAAGCCGGUGCUAACUGUAAUUACCGUAUCCUGCGUACGUACGCGUACAUUGGGGGUCUCCAAACUAUGGCCCGUGGGCCACACCCGGCCCGCCACGAGAUUUUAUCCGGCCCGCAGCAAGCUCAGUGCAGGACGGAGCGUGUGUUAGUUAGGCGUUGGGUCGAUUCGAGUCGGGGAGCAUGGCGGCCUGGAGCUGCUCUUAGUGUUGUUAUCGUGUAGGUCCCUCAAAUUGUCAGAGCCGAGACAUCACAGGGCCGCCGUGAUAAAGGGUGCAAAGUGGGAAGGGGGGUUGUUCGAUGGUGGCCAAAAUGGGUCAGCGGUGUUCGGUGGCGGUGGCAACGGUCAGAAUGGGUCCGCGGGGCGUUAUAACGUGCAAUCGUUCCUCUCUGCCCUCCCUCUCUCUUUGUGUACACCCCCCCCCCCCCCAUGUACAGCUUGGUAACCAUUGGCAGAAGCUUAAGGUGGGGCAGAGGGACUGAACUGGGGAAGAGGACCUCCUCUAUAUUUCAAUGUAGGGUCCCAAUCACCAGGGCGGCCUCUGAGGAGUGCACUAACAUGAGCUCAAUUUAUUUUGAAAUAAAGGGGCGCAUCCAAACAAAGUAUUUCCCCGAUUUAAUGAAUAACAAGGAUUUCCACCUAUUUUUUAAUGCCAAUAUUUUACUUUAGAACUGUAACUGUAAUGCAGUAACAAUGAACAUGUCGACUGGAAACGGCACAAUGUAAGGCAGAUGCAUGAGACUGCAGAUCUUGGAAUCGCAUUAGGUCUCAUGAGGGAUCCCAACCUGAAACGUCAUCUGUCCAUUUCCCUCUACAGACGCUGCCUGACCUGCUGUGUUCCUCCAGCAAGUCCUCAUUGUGAUGUAAAGGCUGAUGUGAACAGUAUCACACUUUGUUUAAAUAGUGUUUGUACACAGAUUUUGUACUUAUUUCUUUCGAAAUGCUCACCUUAGUGACAACUAAGCUGAAACGUAAUUAAAAAAAAAUGAACAAAA